AUGUCUGGGUUAGCACGACUCCGGGAGGAUUCCCGUUCUGACUUUUUGGAGGAGGAAGAUAAUUAUGACAUAGGCGAUGAAUCUAGUGACUGUGAUAGUGAGGAUGAUUCUGAUAGUCUUUCCAACUCUCAACACUCUCGGCACCUGCUACUCAAGAGGCCAUCUUUUAAGGAGAUACUAGAAAAAUUUGCCAAAACAAAAGAGGAGGCCAAGGUAAAUCCGCGAAAUCCUCGAUCAUUGUUAGACCUAGCAGCUUCAGCCACAGCUCUGUAUCACAACUGGGAAAGCCUUGAGAAAUGUUACCCUCCCUUGGACCAGCUGCUGCUGAGGAAGAUAUCGCGUUGGUCAUUUCCUUGUGAUGAGAAUAAGGUGAAAUGUUGUGCCAGAUUGAGCAUGAAGACAGAGAAUGAGUGGAGGAAGGCAGACAGCAUGUGUAUGAAUGAUUAUGUCAGGAGCAUACGGCAAGUUGGGUUGCUAUUAUCAGCUGUUGUUGGCAAGCCAUCAUCCAAAGAACAAUCAAAAGUGACACUGAAGUUUGAAAAACAGACAAUCAUAUCUACAAAAUGUAGUAAUUGUCCCAGAAUGCUCUGGUGUUGUCACAUACUGUGUGUGGUGCUUCAUCGAAUCAGGCAAGCAGAAAGGGUGCCUGUCUAUCCUCCAUUGACUGAGGUUUUAGCAGAUAUGACACGGGACCAGUUACAGAAACUUCUGCAGUGUGCUAUUUCUGAUGAACCAGAAACCCUUCUUCCAGUCUUCAGUAAUUUGGACACUAUACAGGACCGGCAGUCUGUUCUAUAUAACCAGUAUGGUGCACCAGACCCCACUUUUGGCGUUGAAGGUGAUGUGGACCAGUUAUGGGAUCAGUCACUGGACAAACUUAAAUCAGACAUGAAAUAUUUUCAUAAUUUUUACGAAUAUCCAUUCACACCUGACUUUGUCAAAAAAGCUGCUUCAUCAUUUCAUCGCAAGUAUUUCCAGAGAGUUCCAGAACUCAUCAUUAACGGACACGUAGACCAAGCUGGCAAAGCACUGAUAAUCAUCGCCAAAUAUUUAUUGGAGGAAGUCAUUUCAUCAGAUGAGGAUGACAGUUUUUGUGAAGCAUUUACAGAUGUAGAGAGAAUGUUCAGCUGUUUUAUAUCGUCCUAUGGUGGACCAAUCAGGAAAGAAGUCAUAACAUCUGCCGUUGAAUUUAACAUAAAGUGCAAUGUGAUGAGAGAUUGGUUGGACUUCACAAAACCAUCUUCUUGGAGUCGAAUCACAUCCAUUGGUCUUGAAUCCUGUUUACAAGAUCUGCGGCGAGUACAGGGGACUCCGAAGGAACUGUUAAAGGUUUCCAGUCAGGCAGCAUUCUAUCAACCAGUGUGUGCCAGCCUCAUUCCAGUCAAAAAUAAAGCACUUAGUGACUUGCUGUCAGGAAUAGAUCAGCCCCUUAUGUCGAAGUAUGAUGAAGCCCUGCCAGUAAUGCUGCUGCGUUUUGACAGUCUGUUACUGUAUGGCAGUGACAAAUCAGUAACUUCCCAGUACAGACUUGGUAUAGUGAUACUGAAAAAGCUUCUCCUUAUGUCCUCACAUCUCUCCAUACUUGGACGUAAUUCUCCUGCGUUUACAGUAUUACAGCUUCGACAAGAUGAUGAUCUGGAACCUCCAAAAGCCAAACAAGCAAGACAUGAAGAAGAUGGCAGCAAUGCCGAAUUCACAUUUCCUGAGAGACAGAUGACACUAGCCAUGCUGUAUGUGUGCUUUGUUCUCCUGAAGACAAAGUGCUUGAAAGAUGUGAGUAGGGAGGAUCCGUCAUUGCAAGUGGUUCUAGAAUCCAUGUUUCGAGCAAUAGAACUGGGACGUUUACGACCAGUAUCACAUACUGAAGAGGAGGCCCUGGACUAUGAAGAGUUCUGCUGGUUACAUGAAAUGGAGAAUGAAUUGAAAGUAUCUUUCAUAUUUGAGCAUAGGCACAGUAUGGUCGAACAGUGCUAUGUGAAUGCUCUGCUCAAUCGAGGACUUUGUUUCUAUGAUAAGAGCAUGGCUAUUGGACUUCUGCACUUGUUGGUGAUGAACAAUGAGAGUGCGGAUAAUGAGGAUACAUUUGUUAAGAUUUGUUUGGAAGCAGUGUGCUUAUCCAGGGCACCCCUAAAUGAACAGGACCCAGGAAUCUUCAAUGGCAUAUAUGAAGAGCAUUGGUCUGUAAUUCUGUGCAAAGCUUACAAAGUUUUCUUCUUUAGAAACUCCAAUGUUGAAGCUGAUAAGUUGAUUGACCAUUUCUCACGUCUCAUAGAUGGCUACUUUGCGAGGAUAGCAUAUGAUGCCUUUGAAAGUGAAAUCUUCAAUGACAGAUGGGGCGAGGAUGAUCUCAACAUAUCCUCAUAUCCCGUACGAUUUGUUCUGUGCUUUGUUAAGCAAAGUUUAAAACAUCAUUGGAAAACCUUCUCUUCAAGAAGGAUGAGCAUUGCCAAUUUGCUGGGAUUGCUAGCUCUUCAAGAACCUGGAAAGGUGGCAUAUCAUUUGCUUGAACAUUGGUGUUCAGUGUCUUGUUUCUUUAGUGAUGCAGAAGUGCAAAAAUUUGUGGAAACCAUGCAGCAAUUUGUGAUGACAUCAGGAACUUCACUACUAAAUGGUCAUUUUCAACUGGUGUUGAAUCAUGUUGAAAGAAACGACACAAUUCACAAUCCAGCCAGUUGCUACGUCCUUGAAAUUCUGAACACGGAAACCCUGCGGCAGAAAGCUUUAGAAAAUGUGAUAUGGAAUUACAAGAAUUUCACACCUGAAGCCUUGCUAUGGAUUGCAAAAUCACGACAUGAAAUGAUAGGAGCUCCAAGCUUGCCAGAAUUAAUGUUUUGUCGCAUUGUUUUCCAUCUUUUGCAGCUUGCCUUUUACAAGAUCAGAGAACGGUUCAAGAGGGAAGACAUUCCAACAUUGGAAAAGGAUGGAUGUGCUGAGUCAGUCAAAUGGUUUUUCAAUGCAAUAGCAAAACAAGAAAGUGAAAAGUUAGCUAAAGGGAAUCAGUAUGAUGUAUUUCUGCGUGAACUGGAUGAAACCUAUGCUAGCAUGCCUAUGUUCAUUUUAACUUUCUUUGAGGCCAUAUCCACCUCAUCACCCUUACUGGUCAAAGCGGUCAAGAAAAUGGGAAGCACUCUGAAGAUGCAGCUGCAGUCCGUAUUCACAUCAGAUGUUGAAGCUGGUAGCACUAUAUCUGAAUAUGAUGUGACCCUCUCCAAAUUGUUGGAUGCACAGGCAGCAUGCCUUCGCCAUGGUAUAUGCAAAAGUCCAAAUGAUUUCCGGAUUCAUGUGACUACUCCACUUUGUUUGCAUCACUAUUCAAAAGCAGAUUUCAUUGCACAUAUUUGCGAGGCCUACGGUCCUCUUUUGCAUGAUUACUAUAAUAUCUAG